UCUCUCUCUCUCUCCAUCUCUCUCUCUCUCUCUAUAUAUAUAUCUCUCUCUCUGCCUUGUAACUGAAGAUUACGAUCUCUCCGCCCAUUUCUUCUUCUAUUGCGAUUAUAGACGAAAUUAAUCUCUCUCUCUCUCUCUCUCUCUCUCUCUCUGUGGAAGUCUCCGUUUCUUACUUCAAGAAAUGGAUGAGGAGGAAUUGCAGAAGCGGAACACCGACUGCGUCUACUUCUUGGCCUCUCCCCUCACCUGCAAGAAGGGGAUUGAAUGUGAAUAUAGGCACAGUGAGAUGGCUAGACUCAACCCCAGAGAUUGCUGGUAUUGGUUGGCGGGGAGCUGUCUUAAUCCCUCUUGCGCAUUUCGACAUCCUCCAUUCGAAGCACAGAAGGAACUGUCAUUUGAAUCUGCUAUUCCGGACAAUUGGAACUCUGCACCUGUGAACAAGGUCAAUGUUCCCUGUUAUUUUUAUUUCAGUGGGUUCUGCAGUAAAGGUGAUAGAUGCUCUUUUCUUCAUGGACCUGAUAAUGGGACACCUGCUGGGAAAACCUCAAAGACACUGUCUGGAGUUGGCGAGGCUCCUAUUUUGGAGAAUAUGACAUCUAAAGGAAGUAGUACAGGACCUGUACCAAUAGUUCCCCAUCCUAAUCCACCUCAGGCCCUUCCUGAAAUUGCAGUUCAAGCAGAGAUCAGGCCAAAAGAGAAUGUUGACACAUCAACUCUUGGUAUUGUCAAGGAUCAAAGUAGUUCUCCUGAUAUAUCUUCAUCUGAAUGUGAAGAGGCUGCAGGAGUUGAGUCAGAUGCAUUUCUUCUGGGGAGGGGCUUGAUUCAGAGAAGAUCAGUUGUGUGCACUGAUACAAAUUCAGAGGAACAAUUUGAAGGUCAUAUUGAGCGAGAAGACUGGCUUGAAUCAUCUCCAGGCUUUGAUGUUCUCGUAGAUGAUAGAUUAGAGAACUUAGUAUAUGAAAAUGAUCCAGAUCAAUACUUACUAGCCAAUGGUAGGGAUGGCCAAGACUUUGAUGGGCAUUUCUUAGGGCACGAGUACAAAGACUCUGAAGCGUAUGAUCCUGCUUACCCUGAUGCAGGGAUUUUGUAUAAACAAGAGAGCCUUGAUUCUUAUGAUCAAUUUGAUCACGAGCAUGUAUUUGAAUACCCGAGAAAGGCUCCUGGGCACUCAAGAGAGAGAAUAUUGAACCCUAUUUUGCCCCGAAAGAGGAAAUUCCGGCCUGUGGAUUUGGCAGUUGAUGGUCGGAGAACUGUGGAUCUACGAGACCAUCUUAGGAGAUGGAGGUUCAGUGGUGAUCACCGAGCAACCCAUUCCUCAAGAAGGAACAAGAUCUCAAGUCGGAUUGAUCAAAACCGGGAGGGGGGCAACCUUCAUGGAACACAGCAGUUACAUGGAAGGUUGACUAGAAAGGGGAGUAGUUAUGGUCUUGGAGCACCUGCGAGGAAUGGAACUGUAUUAAAUGUUACCAAAGCCCAAGGCAGGUUCAGACAAUCACAAAAUAGGUCCAGCAGGCCUUACUACAAGGAAAAUAGGCAGUCCAAGAAGCAGUUCCAUUCAUCUGAAGUCUUAAGUAAGAGAUCAUCUGGAGGGUCUGUCAUGUUUUCUGGGCCCAAGACCCUUGCCCAAAUCAAAGAAGAGAAGAGACUAGCCAAAGGAGAUGUUGAUUCCUCUGGCAAGCUGGGGCAUCCAAAUCAAAAAAUGUCAGAAGAGUUUCAGAGUCCAAAACCCUUGAGUGAGAUCCUGGAGGACAAGAAGAAGCUGCAUGCCGUAGUGGAUGUCAAUAGCAAUUGCAGCUAACUUAUUUGAAGCUGAAUCAUUAUCAGAUCCUGCUGCUGCUGCUCUCUCUCUCUCCCUCUCUCUCUAGUAGAACAGGACAAGCGGGGGUUCACAUAGAAAAGCUCAUUAGAGCUUGAAACUUUUCAAGUAGGGCUUGGUGGCAUUAGAAUAGAGGAAGAUGAAUAGUGAUGAGAACUGUAGUAACCUAGGAUAGGUUUUUUUUUUUUUUUUUUUUUGUCUCCUGCUGCAUAUAUGGAUUUGAAUCAGGAGCUUGGUACCAUCAUCAUCUUGAUGCCAAGCUUGUCUUCCUGUACAGAGAGCUGGUCAUGAACAGUUCGUCUUGGAGUGGUAAAUUGGCGCAUUUGCUUAAGAAGCUGUGUACAAGUUUUUUGAGGCCUCCCAAUUGAUACUGUUUGUGCA